AUGACACGGGGUAACCAGCGCGAUGUUGAUCGUGAACGAGCAAGAAAAAGGAAGGAGCGAAAUGAGGGCGGCCGUAGCCGUGCUCACACCGGCGUUGACCUAGCUGAGACAAAGGAGCGCAAUGCAGAGAUCAUGCGGCAAAAGCAAGCUGCAGCAGAUGCUCGCAAAAGGGAGCAGGGAGGUCAAUAG